GUUCACAAGCUACGUAGUCACAAUUGUGUGCCAACAUUGAAAAGUCGAUUGCCAACGUGAAAUUGUUGCUUGAUUUAAAAUAUAUUUUUCUGCCACAUUAGCCACUUUAUUGCACCUGUGCACAGUUUGUUGUGUUCUUUUGCAACAGUUAAUUGAAUUGUUCAACAAAGUUUUUCCUCGUAGCUAGUGGUUUGACAAAUUCGAUUACAAAUUUGAUCUCCGCUCGCGACAACAGAAGCUCGAGCAAAAGGAAAAAUAAUCAAUUGUCUUUUUUUUGUGGGGUGCCUGCAAAGCAGUGAAAAAGUAUUCAAACUGUUGAAUUUGCCGCAAUUAUACUUGCAAACAUCAUCGUCAUCAUCUCAUAGUGCCCGGAGUAGUAAUAUGCCUGUUCACGAAUUUAGAGUGGAAAUGACUUGUUCAGGAUGUUCCAACAGCGUGGAGCGUGUUUUAAACAAGUUGGGCGCGGAAAAAGUGGAAAAGGUCAGUAUCGAUCUCGAUUCGAAAACAGUGCUUGUGACAUCGAAUCUGACUUCAGAAGAAUUGUUGGAAACUAUCAAGAAGACUGGCAAAGCGACGCAAUAUGUAGGGGUGAAAGAAUGAAACGAACUUUUUUGCAAGUUCCGCAAAAUUGCCAAAUUAAAAAUGGAAGUUUAAUGGGUGUAAUCAAGUAAGUAUUCAAGAAUUAACGUGGCGGCGAUAGGCUUAACAGUGAAACUGUAAAAGGCCAAUUAAAUUUAUAUUUUGCGAUUAUAAAAAAAAAAAAAAAAAAAUCGUUACCUAUAAACGAUCCAUUGAGUUAUACUCUCAACAAA